CCCAAAGUGACCUUUGCUCGUGCACUUUGCUCAAGGAGAAACUUCAAACGUUAAACGUGGGAGCACAAGAGCGCGUUGGUAGGGGUCCAUGCACUACAGUCUGGUUUAUUUUAAUUUAUUGACUUAGUAUUAUAUUUUUUGGAAGAUGUACUUCGGAAUUCGCACAUUUUUAGCAAGCUUGUGCAUCACCUGCUUGAUGCUGUACUGCUUGAUUGCUGGUCUGGACAUUUAUUGGGAUACCUUUCCGGUGAAGACGUGCGCUUGCAUGCACUGUAUAAAUGAGGAUCCGUGGUUCACAGAGCGCUACAGCAGCCAGGUGCCAAAAUUUAUGAACAGGAGAAACAGCAAUCUCAGCACACUUACACUUGACUGGUGGCUGAAACUACAACCAUACAACAAAGUGAAAUUCAGAGACGUUGUGGAUCCUCUGUUCUCACUCUUCCCUGAUAAGGAACACUACAAUGAUGCUGGUCCUGACCGCUGCAGAACCUGUGCUGUGGUGGGCAACUCGGACAACCUGAUCGGAUCCCAUUAUGGUCUUUUAAUAGAUGCUCAUGACUUCAUUUUCAGGAUGAAUCAGGGUCCCACUGUAGGCUAUGAGAGGGACGUUGGUUUGAAGACAACGCACCGAGCCUUAUACCCUGAGAGUGCUAUGGACCUGGACAGCUUCACCCAUCUAGUGCUGCUGCCAUUUAAAGUUUUGGACAUGGAGUGGGUCAUCAGUAUCUUCACCAAUAAAAACAUUACACGCACAUAUAAAAAUGUGAAACACACAAUACAAGCAAACAAAGACAAGGUAAUGAUCAUGAGCCCUGAGUUUAUGAGAUAUGUCUACGAGAGCUGGUUAAGGAAACAAGGGAAAUAUCCUUCCACUGGCUUCCUCAUCCUCAUGUUGGCCCUGCACAUCUGUGACCAGGUGAAUGUUUUUGGAUUUGGGGCAAGGAGUGAUGGAAGAUGGUACCACUACUAUGACAAACAAUAUCGUCAAAAUAUGGUCUCAAAAGUACACAAAGGGAGCGUUGAAUACAACUUCAUGCUGGAACUUGAAAAGAGAAAUAAAAUUAAAAUAUAUAAAGGAUGGUAAAAUGACCCAUUCGUAUCAGAUGGUUAAAGAUUUCAGGAGACAGAUCCCUCUAUGGUUCUAAUCCUCUCUGCGUAGAUGUUGCACUGACUCAGGCCAACUCUUUAGAUUUAAUAGCAAUACAACUGUAAUGCUUUGCAGGUUUUCCCUAUAUAUUAUAAAUCCCCAUUCAAUCAUGAUCAGUAUAUAUGAUAUUGAUGGAAAUUAGGUGCCAGCGUUUAGAGAUACUGUAUCUUUCCGAUGGUGAGUUUUGAAGACGCUUUUGUCAACAUCAAGGUCUGAGAUUAUAAUGUGCAUCAGUUCCACUCAUUGAUCAGCUGAUGGUAUUGCUGAGUAAUGAACCUUUGCAUGUUGUUCAGAAGAAGACUCCAAGUCAUCAGCUUAUUAUAAAUCCCAUAACGUGCCUGGUGCAGCUAUACCUAAAAUACAGAAAAGAGGGAACGUUUCAUCUGAUGCGCCUAAGUUACAUUUUUUCAUUUGAUUUUUUUUUUUUCAUUCAAAAUAAAUCAACUUUUGACAGGUAAUAUACUGUAUAUAGGUGUGCAUUUUGUAUUAAAUGAUCUUUGUACUGUAGAUAUACAAUUACUAACUGUUGUUAUGCACAAUUUGUGUAAUGUUUUAUGUAUUUAAACAGUGUAUUAAAUCCUUUUUCUUGGGGGGAAAUGAUUACAUGAUGCAGCAGGACCUGGGUAUUUUUAAUACUUAAUUACUCUACUUAAUUGGAGGUCUAGAAAAGGUUUUCUCGCUAAGACAUAGCAGUAACUGGAUGACUGUAUACAUCUCAAUGGCAUGUGGUGAGCAACAGGUUCAUUGUUUAAAGAUCUAGUGGUUUUAAGGACAGAGCAUACGGGUCAUUCUACUAACUGUUCCUCACUAAUGCUCCUCAGUAAACACUGUUUAACAUUUUAGAGCUACGAGCCUAAUUUGCUCUGAAAAGCAGUAUAGUCGUCUUUCGUUAUUGUAUUUAUUGUAAUCACAUGCUUUGUUGAUUUGUGAAAUAAAUUUGGAAUUAAAA